CUCUCCGAGUACGCAUCUUCUCCAUCCUCCUCCAGGCCGUCCACGGCCUCCUCUCCUCCCGCCCCGCCGUCUAUGAACUCCUGAGGAUCAAGAGCGGCCCGGUUGCUCAAAAUCCUCUCCAUGGUGUCAUAAAACUUACAGAUCUUGUGAUACUGUCCGUUGUUGCGGAGAUUACCUUCCUUCGCUAACAAGUACUGUCUCUUGAGGCUUUUGAUCCGCACCCUGCAUUGCUCCGGCGUCCUCUCAAACCCCAUCGCCCCCAGCCUCCGGGACACGUCGCGGUACACGAAGCUGUUUCGGAAGUUUCCAUCCAGCGCCACCUGGAUGUCCUGCUCCCCCCAGAUGUUCAACAAGGUCCUCGUCUCCACGUCCGACCACAAGAAGCCCCGCGUUGUGUUCGCUUGCAUAGCGGGGGUGCAAACCGGCUCGCUUAUGGAGCAAACUGCACCACAAGGAGUUGAAUGGAGCAGUUGACACUGCGGAUUAUAAUGGACGUCUGGUCUGGAUCUUUGCUCUUAGCUGCAUCAAAGCCGCGGGGCAGCGAUAUCCCAAACAGCAACAACUGGCCAUUUAGGUAGCUUAGAAGGAUUAGUGGGUGUAAUAAUGAGGGUUUUUAACUUGGGUACCAUUAUAAUAUCUUGCACAGGUCAACUCUUUGUGCUAGCUAAAGCCCAGACGUCUAUGUUUAUCAUUUUACGUCGUUAACAAGAUGCGUAGCUUCGUAAUUUUGAUUAACUGACCGGGGAUCGGUGUCACCAGCCCCUUUUCUUAACCUUGUGCUCAGUUGGCGGAAUUUCAAAACGGACCUCUGAUCAGUAGUCUGAGGGUAACUUCACCUUUCUCCGCCUGCUCUUCCGUCAGUGCUAGGUGUCUGCGGGGUCCUAGUGCCACCCGUUUACACAGCCGACUGGGCCUUACCAUGUCAACUCCUCGAACAACAGUGGGGGCAGCGCUUUAGCUUAGCUAGCAUUACAGCUACCAGGGCAAUUAAAUUAAAUGUCACAAUGUUUCAUUCACUUUACCUUUCUCGUUCAAACAGACCAGUGUGGCGACAAUUGACAGAGCAACCGUGAAAAGAAAGGCGAGCAUGUGAAUCUCUUGCAGCAUGUUGUUAUCAUUCGUCAACCCCCCCUUGUUGAUCACAGUUAUUCUUACCUAAACUGGAACUGCGUUUCAACGCUGACAACUGUAUACAAACGGUCCUGAUCAUGAGGCGCAUUGACCCAGCACACCAGUACAGGAAGAAGGAGUUGAUGAUGCCUUUAAAGGCGCCUCGGACAAUCCUAGAUCCCAGAUUAUCAACUGCCGCCAAAAGCGGAAGUAGUUUAAAGCUGCACUUCUUCUAAUAGCCGCUAGAUGCUGGUUGGUUGAUGUUCCACCAAAUUAAUCCGAUAUAUUAGGUUACCCUUAAUAAAUUCAAAGACGAUGGCAAAUAUGGGUGAACAUGUGUGCAUAUGUGCAUUUGGGCUGUUUGUAGAUGCAGAUAUGUUCCAACCUUAAAUCAUACACAUCACUUGUUCAACACUACAUUUCUUUGCUCCUUUUUGUAAUUACCAUUGUACCAGUUUUCUUUUUUUUGUAUUAGUUAUUUGCAAGUGUAGCAAUUAAAAGUCACAAACAACAACAACAUGUAUCAAAAAUAUAAAAGCAGGUCACUUUUAUUUACAUAAAAUCAUCUACAUCUACAUCUAAUAUCAUUCAAAAAUCGUCAUAAAAAUGUAUUGCUGUUACAUUUGUUGUCACAUGCUUAGCAGAGGAUGUAUUCAAAGCUCAGUAACUGUGUUUUGAGGCACAAGUAAUGUUAAAAAUAAAAUUGUAGGUGGUUUAAAAUUGGUCGACUAGCAAAUGACACAAAAGUUGGUAGUUUUAAAGAAUAUAAUGUUGCCUGCUCUAAGACUGAAAUGAUUUAGAGCAGAGGUAGGCUACCGUUGUAGUGGCACACUAACACGUGUGCAAGUGAGUUUUUUGGAAAUGUUGAAGUGGCCUCAUACACAUGCAAGGUUGUUGAAUCAGAUGUGGAUGUUUUCAUAAGAAUAGCAGCCUUCUUGUAGUGUGUUCUUAUUUAUAAUUGCCAUAUUUAUAAUUACCAAUGUCCUGAUUAUGGGAGAAAAAUGUUGUUUUUUCAAUAAAAUUACAGAUGCGUUGGUGAUUUUAAUUUGAAUGUGGUGUCGUAAUUAUACUUACUGUUAACCUUAAUGUUGAUAUGGCACACUGAUUAACAAGAGCAUUACACAAUAUCACUCCUUAUCUAAAAGGUUGACAGCCCCUUUUGUAGAGUGAGCCCGGACUUGUGCUUUAUUGUGAUAACGGUAUGGGCCUCUUAGAGGAAGCCUAUUUGUCUUGUUUUGAGGAGUUAUUUUUGCGGUCUGAAGAUCCUGCUUUUUCAAGAGACCCAAGUUCUCUUCAUCAAGUAUUCGUGUGUCAUGGUCAAAUGCAUGCAUUUGGCAAGAUAGUCUAUAAAAAGAUAGCUGUAUUCUGAAGUUGAAAUGUCCCCUAAUCUGGACAUACUAGUAUAGUAUUUAGUAUUUCUUUGCCCUCCUGUUGUGUUUAAUUUGAAUUAUAUGGUCAUUGUGCCUGGCUAUUUCGUCUGAAGUUAAUACCCCCAUUUUGUUCUCUAAACUUUUUUUUAUUUUUUUUUGUGGUAAUAAAAAACUAAAACAUGGAAGAUAGCUGGGGGCGGUUCACACUUUAUGCAAGGGUACAUAGCCUGCCUGUAGCUGAACCUGAAAGGCGUAGCUCAGGGUAACACAAGGGAACAUUGCCUUGUCGGUAGCUGAACCUGAAAGGCGUCGCUCAGGGCCUAAAUCCCUAUCGUCCCACUCCUCACCUACUUCCUGUUUCACCUCAGUCACUUUUCGAAGUUCAGAGUCAGACACCAGAUGGAGAGGAGCCAGCGCUGGACAUCCACUCUGUUACAAAUUAACUCCAGUUCAUGAAAUGGCGUUGGUCUGCGGAAUCCGCGGCCAACCUGACAUUAAGUUGACGAGCUAGAGCGAGUUUCUUUCCCACGGACAAAAGAGAGGGAAGAAAGAGCGCCCCUGCUGCGGGACCCGACGACUCAGCAACAUGCCCGAAGUGUGGAAGAUGAAGAAGCCCGACGUCAAGGUGGUUCUCCUGGGAGACAUGAACGUGGGCAAGACGUCGCUGCUCCACAGGUACACGGAGAGGAGAUUCAAAGACACCAUCAGCACCGUUGGAGGGGCGUUUUUCCUCAAACAGUGGGGACCUUACAAUAUCUCAAUAUGGGACACUGCUGGUCGCGAACAGUUCCAUGGGUUGGGCUCAAUGUACUGUAGAGGCGCCGCUGCUGUCAUCCUCACGUAUGACGUCACCAACUGGCAGAGCCUAGCGGAGCUGGAGGAGCGCUUCCUGUCUCUGACCGACACCGCCAACCAUGACUGCAUUUACGCUCUAGUGGGCAACAAGGCUGAUCUCACGGACCCUAAAGCCCAGCUGUCUCCAGACUCGGACGUGGCGUCUGAGGAGUGCGAGGAGUCUGGUUGCCCCACGCCCCCGGCCUCCCCUGCUUCCCUCUCUGGGAUGACGCUACACAAACAGGUCACCCCCGAAGAUGCGGCGGCACUUUAUGGGAGAAUACUGCGCUACAAGGGCCUGGAGGAGAAGAGCAGCCUGCCCGCCGAGAAGCUGUGCUUCGAGACGAGCGCCAAGACGGGCUACAAUGUGGACACUCUGUUUGAGGCGCUGUUUGAUCUGGUGCUGCCUUGCAUCCUGAGGAAGAGAAAUGAGAACCAGGAGUCUCCUACGGUGGACCUGGAAGAGUGCAGGGGGGCCAGCAACAAGCGGGCCAGGUCUGCCUGCUGCUAGAGGCUGCUACCAGCAGAGACUCGUUUCUAACAAAGGACAAUCUGCACACCACACACUGUGAUGGGACUACUUGUUUUUCUAGACCGGGACCCGAUGGCAUUAAUGAACUCCCGGUGACACAAACACACAUUGUUGAUUCUGUUGGAAAAAGCAGCUUGCAUUUAUAGUGUCUGCUAACUUUUAUAGGAGGGGAAAUGAACGUGUGUUACGUCGUCACGCUACACUUUGAAACCACACUAAUCUCCCAAAAAUGUGUCUGUGAUCAAAUAACACGCAUAAGAAAUCAAUCACUGCUUUUUGUUAAUGUUUUCGAAUGAGAAUGUCACAAAUUUAACAUCACUAAUUGUUAUGUGGCACAUUGCAAUGUGUUUAUUAUAGUUAUUUAAGUUUUCAACAAAUCUUGUUUUCUUUUAUGCUCUGUUACUAUCGUUAAUACAGAUCUUUAUAUCUUUAAGGCACAUUUGGUACUUUUCAAUGAGUGUAAAUAGUUGAUAUACCGAUUUGAAUGUUUAAAUACGCUGUCAUAAUAAAGAUUUUACAGUCUGCCA